AUGGCCUCGUGAAUGUGGGCGGGGACUAAGAAGUGCGGGAAAUGCAGUCAGGUGAUCGCAGUUGGCGCUCAUUUCAAGGGGGCAAACAGCAACAAAGAAUCGACAGGGCAACUUCAGACAAUAUUGACAUCCACUUUCCUGUCUGAUAAAAUCAUCCAUAUUUAGCGAAAAUGUUUGUCAACAAGAGAGAUGGGCGCCAGGAAAAGGUCAUGUUUGACAAGAUUACUUCAAGGAUCCAAAAAUUGUGUUAUGGACUAAACUCUGACUUUGUUGAUCCGACUGCAAUCACAUUAAAAGUCAUCAAUGGCCUCUAUCCAGGCGUCACAACCAUCGAACUUGACAACCUGGCAGCUGAGACUGCGGCCACCAUGACUACAAAACAUCCUGAUUACGCCCAGUUGGCAGCGAGAAUUGCAGUGUCAAAUCUACACAAAGAAACCAGGAAAGUCUUCAGUGAUGUUAUGAAUGAUCUUUUCAACUGGAUCAACCCCAAGACAAACAAACACUCCCCUAUGAUUUCUCCAAAGACUCACAAGAUCAUCAUGGAUAACUCUGACCGAUUGAAUUCUGCUCUCAUCUACGACCGUGACUUCAGUUACAACUAUUUUGGAUUCAAGACACUGGAACGUUCCUAUUUACUCAAAAUGGAUGGAAAAGUGGCUGAGCGCCCUCAACAUAUGUUGAUGAGAGUGGCUGUAGGUAUUCAUGAGGACAACAUUAAUGCUGCUAUUGAGACAUACAACUUGCUAUCGGAGAAAUGGUUUACACACGCUUCCCCUACACUGUUCAAUGCUGGGACAUGCAGACCACAGCUUUCUAGUUGUUUCUUGCUGACCAUGCACUCUGAUAGUAUAGAGGGUAUCUAUGACACCCUCAAACAGUGUGCCCUCAUAUCCAAGUCUGCGGGAGGCAUUGGGCUCAAUGUUCACAAUAUCCGUGGCACGGGAAGCUACAUUGCUGGGACAAAUGGAAUUUCCAAUGGCUUGCUUCCUAUGUUACGGGUGUACAACAAUACUGCCAGAUAUGUCGACCAGGGCGGCAACAAGAGACCUGGAGCUUUUGCUAUUUACCUGGAGCCUUGGCAUUGUGAUAUGUUUGACUUUUUGGACUGUAAAAAGAAUACAGGGAAGGAAGAAAAUCGAGCCCGUGACCUGUUUUACGCACUCUGGAUACCAGACUUGUUCAUGGAGAGAGUACAGGACAAUAAAGAUUGGACUCUGAUGUGUCCUGCUGAGUGUCCAGGUCUCGCUGAUUGUUGGGGGGACGAGUUUGUGGAGCUAUACACCAAAUACGAAAAAGAGGGAAAGGGACGUAAGACAAUAAAAGCUCAGCAGUUGUGGUAUGCCAUCAUCGAGUCUCAGACCGAGACGGGUACACCAUACAUGUUGUACAAGGACAGUUGUAAUCGGAAGUCUAAUCAACAGAACCUCGGCACCAUCAAGUGUAGUAACCUCUGUACAGAGAUCGUAGAGUACAGCAGUCCUGACGAGGUUGCUGUGUGUAACUUAGCAUCCAUUGCUCUCAACAUGUACGUACUACCAGACAAGACGUUUGACUUUGCCAAGCUCAAGGAGGUCACAAAGGUUAUUGUAAGGAAUCUCAACAAAAUCAUCGACAUCAACUUUUAUCCUGUGGAGGAGGCGAGACGAUCCAACUUUCGUCACCGACCAAUUGGUAUUGGAGUGCAGGGCCUCGCGGAUGCCUUUAUCCUGAUGAGGUUCCCUUUUGAAAGCCCACAGGCACAAGAACUCAACAAGCAAAUCUUUGAGACCAUCUACUUCGGUGCUCUGGAAGCAAGCUGUGAGCUGGCAGAAAAGUUAGGAGCGUAUGAAACAUAUGAGGGGUGUCCUGUCAGCAAAGGGAUUUUACAACAGGACAUGUGGGGCGUGAAGGCAACUCUACAUGACUGGGAUGGUCUCCGUGCCAAGAUUGCCAAACAUGGUGUACGGAACAGUCUGUUACUAGCACCCAUGCCAACUGCCUCCACAGCCCAGAUCCUAGGGAACAAUGAGUCCAUUGAAGCCUACACCAGUAACAUAUACACCCGGAGGGUCCUGUCCGGGGAGUUCCAGGUUGUGAACCAACAUCUUCUGAGGGAUCUGACUGAAAAGGGACUGUGGAAUGAUGAUAUGAAGAACAAACUAAUUGCAAAUGGAGGUUCAAUACAGAGUAUCGAGGAAAUCCCUGACGACAUCAAACAGUUGUACAAGACAGUGUGGGAGAUUUCGCAGAAGACUGUACUCAAGAUGGCUGCAGACAGAGGGGCAUUUAUUGACCAGUCACAAUCACUUAAUGUCCAUAUCGCAGAACCAAACUACGGAAAACUCACCAGCAUGCACUUCUACGCUUGGAAACUAGGACUUAAGACAGGCAUGUAUUACCUGCGUACCAAGGCAGCUGCCUCAGCUAUCCAGUUUACUGUGGACAAAACAAAGCUGGCACAAAAAUCAGAAGCCGGCGAGGAACAAGUGAAUGACAAGAUGGCUGCCAUGGUGUGUUCCCUCCAGAAUAAGGAAGAUUGCAUGAUGUGUGGCUCCUAGAUAGGGAAUGAGAAGGAACUAAAAUAAUGUGGAUUAUGUUCAGUUUAACUGAAUGCAAACAUCAUAUGCUUAUAUACUGGUGUUUACCAAACUGCAAUCAACUUAUCCACAAGACAGUGCUUUUGAAUAUUUUUUUUAUUUUUUUAGUUAUUUAAAAAUAGUAUGAUAAAUGUUUUAACAUCUUCGUAAACAUCAAGUCAAAUUAUAAUCCUCAAAAAUUGAUCAAAUCAAGUGAUACAGCUGACUAAAUUGUCAACAAUUAAGAUAUAUUGAGUUUCUUUUAACUUAAUUGAUCAUGGUAAUAUAUUGAAAUUGAUAAUGCAGAGAGAUUUUUAGUGUGUUCCAUAACUACCAGUCUGUGUUCUAAAACCUUAAAUGAUAUUAUAUAUCAUUUUUGUCAGGUUACCAUUCUUGUGUAUACAUUUCUAUGAUUUGUUAACAUGUUUGUUAUUUUUGUAUUAUUUGUAUAAUAUUUAUGUCCAAUAUAAAAUGCAGAAACCUUA